CAGAGCAGAAUCUGGAAGGAGUGGGCAGAAGAAUGGACGAGUUUCGCAGUGAGCUGUGCAGUGGGAUUGGAGGCAUGAAGUACGGCGACCCACGUGAUAGUGGGAAAGGAGUUAUCCUCAGCCGUCGUCAGAAGAAGAAGCUCGCUCGUCAACGUAGGGAAAAUCAAGAUCAAGAUGGCAUCCCAGCAAACAACAUGAGCAAGAGCGGAGCCAGGGGUUUACGGUCAGUCGAUUCUGGACACGGGAAAAUAAAUGGACAAAUUAUCACCAGUGCCCCCGCACUACGCCUGCAUUCCGAGAUGAACAUAACGAACAGAAUCCUUUCGAUAUUUCUCAGUCCAUAUAUCUUAAGUUCAAAUCAGCUUCUACAGCUAGGCUACCCGGUCGAGAGUCGCGUACAUCCUGGGAAAGCAGUUAUCUACAAAGACCCUACUGUUUACGCACUCUUCCAACGGGGCACAACUUCCUCACGAUUAAACGUCAAUGCUACUGAAUUCGUUCCUUUACGGCGGAUGGAAAAUUGCCAACAGGAAUCCCAUGCCAUCACAACAACAAGAAAGACAUCAAAUAUCAUGGAAAACGAACAUCGGCUAUUAGAGAAAGCAGUAAGUGAAACUGAAGGCAAUCAGAACAGUGAUACGUUUAGUGCUAACCGUGGUGUCGCUGCAUUUCCCUGUGAUAAGAAACUCAGCUACGAACGCUACGAAGGAGGGCGGUGUGAAGGUACUAGAAGACCUAGCGGAGACAGGAGUGACAGGAGUGUGAAAUUUCAAGGCGUGACGGAAGUGGAGGACAGUAAAUCAUCAAACGGUACCCUGAAGAGCGAGGGCGAAGGUCAACAGUUGAGUGAUACUAGUGAGAAGAAGUGUGUCCGCUGUGGUCGUGGUUUCUAUGUAACAAUGGAGGGGAAAUACGCGACUCAAGAAAAGUGUAUUCAUCAUUGGGGCAAGAUAGAGAACGCAGUGGCACCCCAGUUGCCCCAGCCCCACAAGGUCGGUGUCGUGGGUCCUGUGAGAACAAUAAGACGUUACAGUUGCUGUGGAGGUAAACCAAAUUCAGGUGGGUGUAGUGUGGGACAACUACAUGUGUGGAAUGGCUUCGGCCCCGGAGUGAACGACUCACUUGAUGGUUAUGUUCAAACUAGUGUUCGUAAGACAUUUCCACCUGAUGGGAAUUUUGGUAUCUAUGCAGUAGACUGUGAGAUGUGUUACACAGCACGUGGCACUGAACUAAUUAGAGUGACUGUGGUGGCGUCUGACGGUAAUCUCGUGUACGACAGGUUAGUGAAGCCAGAGAGCGACGUUAUAGAUUAUAACACGAGGUUUUCAGGAAUCACGGCACAUGAUCUCAAUGAGAAUGCCACAAAGUCAUUACGGGAUGUCCAGAACGAUUUAAUGGGCUUCAUAAAUGCAGACACUAUACUUGUGGGUCAUGGAUUAGAGAAUGACCUUCGUGCCCUGCGCAUUAUCCACGGCAGGGUCGUCGAUACAUCUGUAAUAUUUCCUCACUCUAACGGUCUUCCAUAUCGUCGGUCCCUGAAGACACUCGUAAGCGAGUUCUUGCAGAGAGAUAUUCAGCAGGAUUCAUCUGGACACUGCAGUUUUGAGGAUGCAAGGGCCUGCAUGGAACUGAUGUUGUGGAGGAUCAGAACAGAUUUUGACUGCAUUUUUCAAAGUGGUGUACAAAAUUUUUUGCAGUUGCAGAAUAAAUUUGCAUGUGUAUGCUUUUAACAGAUUUUGCCUUUUAAUUAUUCUGUUGUUUCUUAAACGAGUCCUGUUGUUCUAAGUUUAUUCACCAAAUUAUGAAUUUUGUCUGUUGUGAACUUUAAUGUUAAAAUUUUCGAUGACAUUUGCUAACAUAUCUGUAUUUCACAUAGGUGUGAUGCAGAAAUAUGCGUUGCUCUAAAGUAUGUAGAGCCCUGCCAUGCAAUGCCACACUGCUGACUAACUGUUAACUGGGAACAGAUGGCUCAUCAUGCUGACAACUGUUGAAAAAUCAUAAACUCUCUUGUAUGAAUAUAAUAUCAUGCAGAGAUCUACAAGUUAUUUUCAUUCAUUGACAAAUAAAAGGGAUGUAACAAGGCUGCCUCAUCAUGCCGCUUUCAAAUUCAGUAUGACAAGACGAUGAUAUAGACAAGGCAAAAUAUUUACAGCAGUUAAGAUAGAUGAUAACUGUAUCCUGUAGCAAAGAAUAUUGAAAUUUUUGAUGAAGUUUUAUCACAGCCUAACUGAUAAUUUUCUGAAUUAGGAGAUCCCACUGAUACAUUUUUUAUGUUUUAUCAUGACCAAAUUGAUGAUGAUGAAUUUAGUGAGCUGAUUGGCAGGUGAUAUAUUUCUACAUUCGGUGAACUCACAGUUCCUAUGGGUUAGGUUGGUGUUUAUAGAUACUCUGAAAAGCUACUGGUUUCACUUCCGCUAUAUACAUUACUCUUACUGAUACAAUUCACUGAUGAUAGUGAUGAUAGCCACAACACAACUCCACCCAUGUGAUGUGCAUAAAUAUUACAGUAUAUAAAAAUAUGGGGUUCCUGGGGCAUCUCAGAUCAGAAGUGAGGCUACCAGUGCCAUUGCUAAGAAAGACAUUUUCCAUGGAGACCAGGUAUCAGCUCAAGUCAUGGGCAGUGGUGUCCAUGCCUAUCUUUGCACUGUUGAGCCUUCUAGGCAAGACAAGGGGACCGACACAAAGCAGCGGAUUGUGAGCAGUGAGAGUGUGUUCAGGCAUGGCAAUCCUCAGCAGCAUCAGAAGAGAGAAAGAUAUGGUCACAUCUUCAGAUUUGUCACGCUCGCUUAACAGGCAGACAUUUGUUGUGUGGUAAGCAGUGUAGUGCAGUCCGUACUGUUUCUGAUAUAUAAUGAAUGUCAUACAUUUCACUACAUCCUUGACAGUGAACAUGGUGGAUUUUAU